UAAAAUCAAACAAGAAUCGAUUGAUGAACAACAACAACAACAAUUGAAACAAGAAUUUGAAAAAGAAAAUAUUGAAUUAAUCACCGAACCUGUUGUCAAUGGACAAUUGAAUGUUGAUGACAAAAAUAACGGUGAAGAAAAACAAGAUUCAAAUUUCGUUAAAUGUUCAUUGGAUUCAAGUAGCGAUAAUACAAAUAGUAACGAUAAUAAAAUGAAUGGUGUUAAAUCAUAUGGUUCGAACCACAUGAAUGGUGUUUGUAUUGGUGGUGAAUCAACCAUAUGUAAAAUAUGUUCCAAACAUGUUUAUCAUAUGGAACAGAUAAAAGCAGUGAAAUCAAUAUUUCAUAAAUCCUGUUUUCGUUGCAUUGAAUGUAAUAAACAAUUGAAUAUGGAUUCAUAUUCAUCACAUGAAGGCCAAAUUUAUUGUAAACCACAUUUUAAACAAUUAUUUCAGCCAAAACCAAAUUUCGAUAAUAAUCAUAUGAAUGGUAAUCAUAAUAAUCAUAAUGGUAUCAUCGAUAUCGAUAUUGUUGAUCAUUCAUCAACACGUACAACAAAUGAUUAUUAUAAUUCAAAACAGCAAGACGUAUUUGAAAAUCUUACUCUUGAUUUAAGCAAUAUUCGUAAUCGUUUUGAAACCGGAUCAGUAUCGAAUAAUAACAAUAAUAGAAUUAAUAAUAGCAGUAAUCAUAUAAAUCAUCAUCAUCAUCAUCAUCAUCAUAACGAUAAGCCGAUAACACGUUCGGAAAGUAUACAUAAAAUCAUGCAAAAAUAUCAAAGCCGUGUUGCUGGUGAUAAUUGUUUAGUUUCAUCAUCGGAUGAUGAAGAUAAUAAUAAUCAACGACAACAACAACAACAAAAUGUUAAUGAUGAAACAACAAUGACAUUAAAUAAUGAAAAUGGUGAUAAUAAUAAUAAUAAUUUGAAAGAAAAAAUGUCAUUCACUGGUAUGUCAACAUUGAAAUCACAAUGGGAAACUGGUUCAAUUGCAAAUAAACAAGGCGAUAAUCGUAGUGUUGAAAAUGAAUUGGCUGAAUUACGUCGUGUAAAGGGUAAAAAUUCUGAACCAUUAACAAAAAUGUAUGAACGUGCUAUACAAGAAGCACAAAGUAUGGAAAAUUUAUCAACACAUAAAUCGGAACCAUUAUUAGUGGAUGGUUGUUCAAUGCGUGCUGGUUCUAUAAAAGAAAAAUUUGAAAAAGGUGCCGUUGAAUCCACCGAAACUGAAGAAGAUCGUAUGGAACGUUUACGUAAAGAACGUGAAGCUGAAAUCAUACAGAUUGCCAAUAAUGAUCGUGCAUUGAAAGAAGCUCGUAAUAAAUUCAAACAAAUUGAAUUAGGUCAACAAAUUGAUAAUGGUGGCAAUAAUAAUACUGAUAAUAAUAAUGGUCAUAUCGAAUCGAUUGAUUCCAAACAAUUGCAACAACGUUUCAAUUAUUUUGAGAAUCGUAAUGAUGCUGAUAUUAUUGAUGGUACUGUUGGUAGUAAUGGUGAUGAUGGCCAGCCACAACAACAACAUUCAUCAGUAAAAAUUGUCGAUGAUAUACCAAAAGUGGAUACAACGAAAAAAAUGUUGAGUAAAUUUAAAGCACUUGAAGCUGGACAAAUCACUGGCAGUAGUAAUGGUGAUCAAUCAUCAUCAUCAUCAUCAUCAUUGAUAUCAAAUGGUUCACCUAAAAUGUUUAAAUGUAUUACACCACCACGUGAAACGAUGAAAGUGUAUGAAAAUGAACCAAUGGUUGAACAUAAUCCAAAUAUUGUUAAAUCGAGCUACAAAACCGAAGAUGUGAUUCAAGUUGAACCGGAAAAGGCAAAACAUUUACGUGCUAAAUUUGAAAAUUGGCAAACCGAAAUUGAAAGAGAAAAUCGUAAACAAGAUGAUGAAAAUGAUUUCGUACCAUUGGAACGUGAUACUACUAAAAAUCUACGAGCAAUGUUUGAAUCAAUACAAAAUGAAACAAAUAAACCGAUCGAUAAACCACGACCACGUGUCAAUCGUUUUGUGCAAGAGAAAACAUAUCAACAACAAACCGAUUCCUGUUAUGUUUGUUCAACACGAAUAUAUCCAAUGGAAAAGAUGGAAUUUUCGGGCAUUAAAUUACAUAAAAAUUGUUUCCGUUGUGCCAAGUGUCAUAUGCCAAUGAGAUUGGACAACUUUACUCAACAUGCCGAUAAAUUAUUCUGUAUUCCACAUUUUAAACAAUUGUUUAUGGAAAAAGGAAACUAUGAUGAAGGUUUCGGUCUUGAACAACAUAAAGAUAAAUGGUCAAAUAAAACUAAUGGUGGUAAAUCUUCUACAAUAGCCACUACUGUAACUGUGGCCACCAAUGGUAAAUCAGCUAAUGGUCAUCAUCAUCAUCAGGAUCAUGAUAAUGUAUUAGAUCAAUUGGAUGGCGAAUUAAAUGGCCAUAAUAAUAAUAAAACAAAUGGCCAUAAUGGCAAUAAUUUAAUCAAUAUCGAUAGUGAUGAUCAAUUGGAUUCAUCCAUCGAAUAUGAUUAUCAGCAACAACAGCAACGACAACAACAGGAUCAUGCCGAAUUGAUUGAAGAUUACUGAAGGAAAAAAAUAUCGCCGGCAACAACAAGUGUUUUUUUCACCGAACUUAUCGACAUCAGAUGAUUCGAUUUUUUUUGAGCCUUCAUUAUCCAUUCACACAUACACACCUACAUUUAUAGACACAUCCAUUUUUUUGAAUGAAAUCCCAUUUGAUUUAACCAAUGUUUCGUUUUGGAUAUCAACAAAAUAUUUUUCAUUCAUUCAAUUUUAGCUUAUAAUUUAUAUGUAUCGUUUGAUGAUUUUAAAAUGAGUCUUUUUUCCAUUUUUUUUUUAUUAUCAUUAAUCGACCAUUGAUCAGAAUUUCUCCAUUUUUUUUCAUAUAUUUUUGACAAUCAAAUAGAUUUUCUGUUUUUUUGUUUCUUUGCUCUUAAUGUAAAUAUAAUAGUUUUGAUGACGAGAAGAAAAAAAAAUAUGUCAUCAUUUGAUCAUCACUGUUGUUUCCAUUUAUAUAUUAUCAAUAAUAAUAAUCGAAACCAAAAAAAAGAAAAAAAACCAAAUUUUAAUAUGUUUGUAUUACAAUGUUUGCUACAAUAAAAAAAACAAAACAAAACAAAUGUAAUUGAUUGCCGUAAUUUUCUUUUUUUUUCUAUCUCUUGUUAAUCGAUUCUUUGAAAUCAGAAGAAAAAAAUUUGAUUUUUAAUUAAAUUACAUCAAUCAAAGAAAAUUUCCUGUAAUGAAAUGGAGAAAAAUAACCUUGAAAUUCAAUUAUGAUCUGGUUAUCAGUUGAUAAUCGGGAAGGGGAAAAAAUUUUUUAUUUUUAUUUUGUAUUAAUCUAUUGUACAUUUUUAUUACACCCAUAUCCUAGAGUAAAUCACAUUGUUUAUAAAGUUACCUGUUGACUAUUAUAAUUCCAAUUUAGAUUUGAAAUGUAUACACAGAUAACCGCGUAGCUUUCAAUAGAUCAUUCGAUUUGCAAUACAAUCAUCAUCAUUGUUUUUAUUCUCAUACCAUUUUGGUGUGAUCAUCAUCAAUCAACAAAAUGGCCAAUCAUCUUUUAAGAAAAAUUAUAGUGUUCAAUAUUGAUGAAGGUUUUACCGAGGAACAAUAUGUUAAUAUGAUAAAAAAAGAAAACGCACAACUUGAUAUUUCAGAUGAAGACAUGAAAGUUUAUUUUACUCAUCGUACUAGUAACAAAAAUGAAAAAUUUAUUGUCCUUGUUGUUUCUCCGAGAGUGUUUGAUGCUUGCCUCCGAAUGGACAGAUUAUUAGUUAAUAAAAAGUAUUGUACUGUGAAAGAAUACCAACCACGCAAUAAUGAUUCACAAAAACAAUUGGACGCAUCGAAUAUGAAUCCACAACAAUCAACAUCUUCAUCAGAUAUUCCAUGUGAACAGCAACAAACAAACACGAACAAUGAAUCGCCUGAUAAUGAUGAUGAUGAUGAUGAUGAUGAAUCACGACCUUUUUCCAAAUCACAAAGUGAUACAGAUAAUUAUUUAAAGUGCGAUUUCCCUGGUUGUUUAUAUAAGGAGAAGAAUUUGGAAUUUUUUCUCCUUCAUUACAAAGGACACUUUUUUUCCAUACUGGCAAAAUUCAAUAGUUUUUCACAAUAAACAUGCAGAUAUAUUUUUAUGUUCUGCAGAAUUUGAACCUGAAAACCUUUCAAUAAAUUUGAUUUUUAAUUUGCUUAUGAUA